CCCCGCAGUGCAAGCAAGUCAAGACGGCAUACAUGGCCACACUGCUUCGUCAAUGGCAUGGCAGACACCGACGAAGAUGACGAAUUCGGUUCCGACGACGUCUUCGAACAACUACCUCCUACUACCCUGUUACAGCUCGAGAGGCAGGCAACGCAAUUCGCACAGACAGAGCACCACCAAUCCGCGUAUCAUAAGACAAAGCUGCCCCCGGAUGAGAAUAAGUGGCAUUCAGAGCAUCAACAAUCGGCUCAAUCAACUGCAAAUUUGCGGCCCUCCUAUCGCGAGCAAGAUUAUAACUACGAUGACGAGGAAGUCAUUGAUCUCGACCAAGAUCCGUACGCUAUACGACCGCGGUUUGAUCCGAAGCAGGCGCUAGUCGAAUCGUUACCGAAUGUCCCUCGUCCAUCAACCCUGGAAACAAGUCUACAUUCCCAUCAAGGUCCUCCGGCGAAUCAGUCAGCUCUUGCUGAGCUGCAGGCACGCAUAGUUCAGCUCGAAAAUGAUCGAUUGGAUCUCCAGAGACAAAUUGAGGAGGCAAGAUCAACAGCGCAGUUGAAAGCUGGCGAAGCUUCUAUACUGCGUCAAAAGGCAGAGAAGGCGGCGAAGGACUAUGAGCAGAAGAUCGCUAGCAUUAAGCAGUUGCAUGCAGAAGAACGUGCGAAACACAAAGCCGAGCUUGAUCGAGUCAAAAGUGAUAGGGAAAAGCUUACAACGCACAAUCGUUUUUUGGAGCAUGAUUUGGCCCUCGAAACAGAUAAGAAUCGGAAGUUCCAACGCAUGCAGAGGCCAAUUAUUGCUGAUUCCUCCAAGUCCGGUCAAGGUUCUAGCCCAACAGUGACGCCCAAAAAAUCUAAGGUGCUUCCAUAUCGAGAUGGUUUUGACGACAGCGAUCUUGUCAUGGUCUCGCCAUCCAAACCGAAAGACCGCUCGAAGCCUACAACACCAAAAGCUGGCGCAAAAAGAAAGCGUACGGGAAAUGAUAACCAAAGCCCGAUUCCCCUACCACAAUUGCCAUUGAGCGAGCCGAAAGGCCAACCAAUUCCGCUCCAAUCUCGGGCUGACUUCAAAGUGACUGCAGAAAUCUUACAGAAGCUCGCAAGAGAGCAAAACAAGCUGCGAUUUUUACAGAGGCUUCUACAGCACACUGUUAGUGAAGAUGGAGAAGACAAUAUUCUUGAAGCACUGACUCGGUUCAACUUUCCGUCAAGUCCCGAUCGGAAACUAAGCACUAUUUUUUUCGAGCAGCUAGUUACGCGGCCCCUUGCUGAUUUUGGUGACAGCAAUUUAACAAUUGCCGACACCAUCUGCAAUGCCCUUUGCGCGCUGUGGGAGCAAAGCUUGACCGAAUCAUACUACCCACCUAUUUCGAGCCUGAUCUCCAGCAUUCAGAGAGUCUUCGAGCUCGAACGCUCUUCAUUCGCUCAAAAAUAUGUUUCUCGAAUUGUCCCCUUGGCAAUAGCAACCUCAGAUCUCGUGGCUAUACCUCUUGCACGAGCUUCACUUAAUAAGUCUCAGUCUCUCCGAGCCCAGGCCACUCGCAUUACUCAUGCCCAAGCUGCACCUGGUGCGGGUAUUGGACUCUCUGAAAGCAACGGUGAGGUUGAACAAAAAGAAGAAGCCGCACAAAAGUACAUCGACGUCUUUGCCUGUCUCGAGCUACUGAAUACCCUGGCUGAGGCCGCAACUCCCAACAAAGAUGCAAUUACAUUGUUUUGGCAGCAUAUGAAGUUCGAUUUCGUCUUGAUGCUUCUCAUGAAAGCACAACCUAUUGGACAGAUUGGUCUAAUGUUAGAAUUACUCCGAACAUCAGCCUUACAAGACACAUUCGGUGCAAUAUCUGAUGGCGAGAGAGAACGUCAGGAUAGACGUGAAAUCGACACACUUGAUCGACUUACGGUACUUCUUGGUGAGAAAUUUGAACAGGAUCGUAGCGACAUUACUUCAACCGCUUUGUUUGAGAUGCGCGAGAGGGUCAUUGCUGUGCUCGUCGCUUUGGUGAGCAAGGAACAUGGCGCCCUUCUAAUUGCGACACAUCGCCAUGCAAUAGGACGCCUCUUCAAGUUCCUCCAUGCGAGCAUCAACUCUCUUUAUCUCUACACACAAAGUUCCGACCAUUCUUCCUUAAUACGCAGUAUCAAUUCCGCUGUAACAAUACUUUACCUUCUCUGCUCCUCCACUGGGGCGGUACAGACCAAAGUAAACGUUGACAUCAGACAGAAGCUAAGCGUCAUCCCAGGAGGCAUGCAUAUACACCUCUUAGCAUUGACAAGGCUGGCAUUCGCAGAGCGGAUAUGGUAUGAAAGGGGUAUCGAAGAAUCAAGUAUGGAGCGGGCUCAUGAAAUGCUUGAUGAGUGGUUGAGUCCCGAAGAAGGAGAAGGCUUGAUGAUGAUGUUCGGGAGCGAAAGCAGUGGUGAUAGUAUGGACAUCCAGUAACCACGCUGAGGAAGUCCAAGACUCGACGACCACGAUCAUGAUGCAUAAGUAACUUUUCCGUGCUGCACGCGAUGCGAAGUUAGCACUUCUUCUCUGAGUAGUUUAAUGAUGUGAAGAAACUUUGUCGGCAAGAAGCUGUCCCAUUAUUUUGAUGAACG